UCGGCACCUCUGAUAGGCUCAUCUGGGGGAGGGGCAGAGGGGCGGGGACCGGAUGCGGUUCCUGACCAAUGGGAGGCGAGAGCGGACAUUCAAACCGGGUGACAGUUAUUGGAGACGCGGAGAGUGAGUGAGCGCGCGCGAGAGAGGCGUGGGCAUGGACAACAACAACAUGGGGCGUGUGGACCCUUCCCAACGGCUGGACAGCUUGAAGUACGUGGAGCUGCAGCAUCUGGCCAAGACGCACGGUCUGAAGGCCAACCUGAAGGCUGAUAAAUUGGUAAAAUCUUUAAGAGAAUAUUUUCAACAAGAGAGAAAGAGGGAAUCCAUUCAAGAGGAUGCUGUAACCACUCCUGCCAGCAAUGGUACUGAUGAGGAAACCAUGAGUGAUGCAGAGGGAAAGGAGGAUGGUAUUUGUGUGACUCAGCGGCGAAGUGUAGAGAGGCAGCUGAGUGCAGGGCACACAGACAGUGCCAAUGAAACUGCUGCCACCGCACACCCACCACUACCUGCUCAGGAACCCUUGGUCGCCUCGCCCGAUCGGGAAGGAUUCAAGAUGAAGAGAAGACAAAGGAAGAGACUCUUGGCCAUUGAGGUAGUGAAGCCUGAAGGAACACCUGGCCUGAACGGCUCAAAUUCCCCAUCUUCACACGCCAGCAAGAGGGCCAGAUGGACCGACACCUCUAGCAAUUCUAAACCUGCUCUUCUGAGAGGCAAGAUCCCUCGAUAUGUAGGAAGAGCUGACAAAGCUGCAUUAAAGGCUGACACUCCAAGUGGCAAAGCUGGGCUGAAGGCUGGCACUCCAGACUGGAAGAAGAUUCAUGAGGCCAAUUUCAAUAAGAUGGAGUCGAUCGACAAGUAUGUGGAGCGAAAACGCAGGCGCAUCGAGGCCUUUGGGAACUCGAUCAAACAAGUCAAGCCUGUGAGUGGCCCGGAGCAGCCGACCAAAGCUCUCCCAGUACUGGCAGAGCGUCGGCGCUCACCACGCACCAGCAACUCCAUGGUCACCGGCAACGCCAGUAACACUGGUGCCAGCUCCACCUUCAAGCCUUCCAUCUUCACUGUCACUAAAAUGAACGUCAGAUUCACAGCUGCUACUGAAGGCAAGGAGAGCAAGCUGUCUCUGAUCAAGACUCCGGCGAGGCGAUCUCCCCUCACACAUCCUGUGGACACACCAGGCAGCUCACAGCGGCGAAAGAUCAAAGACUCUGUGCCCAAAACAAACCUGCCCAAGACCUCUGAAGGGAUCACACCAUAUACGUUCUGUGGGAACGCCACUCCCGGCACCAACAAAAAGUUUGACUUGAAGGAGAGCCUGUCUCGCCCACUGUCCUACCAGCCCCACAAAGGCAAGCUGAAACCCUGGGCCGAAGCCAAGGAGAAUGUGAGCAGUCACUCUCAUUGCAAGGAUUACAAGCAGCUAAAGUUACAGACCAGGGCGGAGCGGCGUGAGCAACAUGUGGAGGGACGGAAAGAGAAGAAGAGGCGGCUAGUGGGUGCUCGGCGGGGGCUGGUGAUGGCCUGAGGCUCUGCUCGGAUCCACAACGUGUAGAUAUGUUGAUAUUUGCCAUUGACCUCUCUCUCUCUCUUUUUUACAAAAAACUUGGAAGUAUUUUGCAAUGGAACUGUCUAUUUUACAUGUUGAUCAAUGCUUUUGAUCUCCCCCUGUUCUUGCUGUUGAAACUAAAUGUAGUCGCGCUUUUGUACUCUGUAUUAAAAUUUUCACAUUAAAAAUAUCCCAAAAAGA